AUGCAAAAAAAAUUAUCAGUUAAACGAGAAAUAUUAAUGAAAACAUUAUGGGGUGAUUAUUAUUUUGAUAAAAAAACUAAACGUGUUUGUAAAGGUGCACAAAGUAAAGGACAAAAACCAAUGUUUGUUCAAUUUAUUUUUGAAAAUCUUUGGAGUGUUUAUGAAGCAAUUAUUAUUCGACGUGAUAAUGGAAAACUUGAAAAAAUUGCAGCAUCAAUUGGUGCUAAAUUAACUCCACGAGAUAUUCAACAUACUGAUCCUUAUGUUCCAUUACAUCUUAUAUUUAAUCAAUGGUUACCUAUUGCUUCUGCUGUCUUUGAUAUGGUUGUUGUUCAACUUCCAAAUCCAAAAGCAUUAAAUAUAGAAAAAAUUGAACAAUUAAUGUGUAAUAAAGGUCGUCGAUUUGAUACAUUGUUAUCAGAAACUCAACAAUUAAAACAAGCAUUUAUUAAUUGUUCAAGUGAUGAUCAAGAACCAGUGAUAAUUUAUGUUUCAAAAUUAUUUUAUGUGAAUAAGAAUGCUCUAUCACAAAACAGACAUAAAUCAUUAACUGCUGAAGAUAUAGCACAAGAACGUGAACUUAUUAAAGAAAAGGAAGCUGAAGAGACAACAACAAAUGAAGAAUUAACAAAUGAAACUAAAAAACGAUCAAUCGACGACAGAAAAAGAUCUAUUGGUCAAUUAGAUUCUCUUGGUUUAAAAUCAGCAACAUUAUCAACAAAUAUAUUUUGUCCAUCGUUUUCUGGUCUUCAAUUUGAAGCUUCACCUAUUGUUCGUGUAGCAAUUAAAUCAAAAGAUUCAUCUCAAAUGGAACAACUUCGACAUGGUGUGCAUCUAUUAAAUCAAGCUGAUCCAUUUGUUGAAUGUACAUUAAAAGAUACCAGUGAAUAUAUUCUUUCAACAGCUGGUGAAGAACAUUUACAACGAUGUAUCGACGAUCUUACAAAAAUAUAUGCUCGUAUUGAAAUAAAUGUAUCAACACCAACUAUUCCAUUUCAUGAAACAAUUAUUGCACCACCGAAAGUUGAUUUUCUUAAUGAAUCAUUAGCAAAUCAACAACAACAAUUCGAAUCAAAUAAAACAAUUGAAGAAAGACUAUCAUGUUUAUUAGUUGAAUUAAGUACUCCAAAUGGUCAAUGUACAUUUCAAAUUCGAGCAGUAGAAUUAUCUGAUGACAUCGCUGUUUCACUUAAAAUACAUAGUAAAUUACUUGCAGUCAUUGAAGAAGCUCAAGGACGUGAUGAUAGAAAAGUAAUUGUUCAAUUAAAUGAUCAAACACUUGAUCAAAUUCGACAAUUACGAGAACGAUUAAAUGCAAAAAUUUAUUGCUGCAAAUGGAAAUAUAUGGAAUUCAAAUACAGUUGA